AUGGGCAACCAGGCCUCCAAAGAAGGCAGUGGUUCCUCCACCAGCAAGGGCUCCAGCUCUGAUGGCCCUCUUCAGAACUAUCCCUCCAUGAGCAGAUCCGACACGAAGGAUUCGUCUCGAUCAUUCCGCUCACUCCGAUCCAAGAUUCCGGGUAGUAGCAGCAGCAAAUCUAUAAACAAUACCGACAGUCCUAGGAGUUCGACACUGCUCUCUAACGGCGAGUCUAAUGGCGAUAAGACGCUUGAUGCUGCGUCCGUUCGAUCGGGGCGCAGCGGCCGCUCGAGUGCUUCUAGAAACAGCCGCGGCGACUUGCCCAACUUGAAGCAUAACUCUACAGAUAUGUCGUCGACCGACGCAGCCAUCUUUGAGGAUCAACCACCCCCUUCCCCCGUAAUGUCGAGCGCGAAAGGUGGUACCCACGAUGUUGCAGCCGCGCAAGCAUCAGGCGAAGUCGACCACGUCUCCGACAAGCCUCCCACCGCAAGCAAUGCCAGCGCCACUGCGCACAUGCAGUCGCCGGGACAGCCGAUUCUAGUCAAGCGAGAAAACACAGUUAACAAUAUCCAAAAGUCCCCGUCCAUGGACUCUACGACCAAGGUUGAAUCUAAUGGCAACAUGGCCAUGUCGGAGAUCAAAGACAUGGACCUCGAUGAUUACAUUAAGCGGCUCCUAGACGCAGGCUACGCAGGCAAGGUAACCAAGAGCGUAUGCUUAAAGAAUGCAGAAAUUGUCGCCAUCUGUCAACGAGCUCGUGAGGUCUUCCUAUCACAACCGGCUUUGCUCGAACUCGAUGCGCCCGUCAAGAUUGUUGGGGAUGUGCAUGGACAAUACACCGAUCUUAUUCGCAUGUUCGAAAUGUGCGGUUUCCCUCCCAUGGCCAACUACCUCUUCUUGGGAGACUAUGUCGAUCGAGGCAAGAUGUCACUGGAAACCAUCUUGCUCCUCCUCUGCUAUAAACUUAAGUUCCCCGAAAACUUCUUCCUGCUCCGCGGGAACCACGAAUGCGCCAACGUGACACGAGUGUAUGGAUUCUAUGACGAGUGCAAACGAAGGUGCAACGUCAAGAUUUGGAAGACUUUUAUCGAUUGCUUCAACACACUGCCCAUUGCUGCCAUUGUGGCUGGCAAGAUUUUCUGUGUACAUGGCGGACUGUCGCCUGCCCUCAGCCACAUGGACGAUAUUCGAAACAUUGCCCGGCCAACCGACGUUCCCGACUAUGGCCUGCUCAACGAUCUGCUGUGGUCCGACCCUGCAGAUAUGGAACAAGAUUGGGAAGCGAACGAAAGAGGUGUGAGUUACUGUUUCGGCAAACGCGUCAUCACCGAGUUUCUAGCCGUACACGACUUUGACCUUAUAUGCCGGGCACACAUGGUUGUUGAAGACGGAUAUGAAUUUUUCAACGACAGGGUCUUGGUUACCGUGUUUAGUGCACCAAAUUACUGUGGGGAGUUUGAUAAUUGGGGUGCUGUCAUGUCUGUGUCUUCAGAAUUGCUGUGCAGCUUCGAACUUCUGAAGCCACUAGACUCGAGCGCUCUCAAAAGCCACAUCAAGAAAGGGCGUAACAAGCGACAGCAGAUGCUCAACAGUCCUCCCGCAAGCGUGCAGCCUCAAAGCGUUUAG